AGAGAGAGAGAGACCGGCACCGGCUCGUUCAGUCUCUCCCUCUCCACCUCAGACCGGAGGGGACAGACAGGUGAUCGAGGCGUCCGUCUGUGUGUCUGAUGUUCUGGGACACGCUUCUUCCCACCGCGGCGAGGCUGGACGGAUAGAGUCACCAUGGCACUGGAACCGGAGGGGAACAACCGGCUCCUGCAGGACGUGCUUGCGAGACCGGGCAACGAAACGUGCGCGGACUGCGGCAAUCCAGAGCCGGACUGGGCGUCGCUGACUUUGGGUGUGUUUGUUUGCCAGGCGUGCUCACUCCUUCACCGGAGCAUCCCCCACAUCAGCCGGGUCAAGUCUGUCCAGGACACGUGGGAUGCCAGCGAUGUGGAGCUAAUGGCGGCUACAGGAAACAGCGCAGCCAAGGCCAAAUAUGAGCAGAAGGUUCCGGCUUUCUACUACAGACCAAUACACCCUGACUGCAAGAUGCUGAGGGAGCAGUGGAUCAGAGCCAAGUACGAGAGGAAUGAGUUUGAGUUUAUCGAAAAGCAGGAGCCUUACUCUGCAGGGUACAGAGAGGGGUUCCUAUGGAAACGAGGAAGAGACAACGGUCAGUUUCUUAGCCGAAAGUUCAUCCUGUCGGAGAGGGAGGGGGCGCUGAAAUACUUCAACAAGCAGGAUGCCAGGGAUCCCAAAGCAGUGAUGAAAAUUGAGACCCUUAAUGCCACCUUCCAACCAGCCAAGAUCGGCAACCCCUGUGGCCUGCAGAUCACCUACCUGAAAGACAACAGCACAAGGAACAUCUUUGUCUACCACAGUGAUGCUAAGGAGAUGGUCGACUGGUUCAAUGCUAUCAGAGCGGCCAGGUUCCACUACCUACAGGUGGCCUUUCCUGGAGCAAGUGACGAGGAGCUGGUUCCCAAACUGACCCGAAACUUCAUGAAAGAAGGCUUUAUGGAGAAAACAGGUCCAAAGCACACAGAGGGCUUCAAGAAGAGGUGGUUUACUAUGGAUGACAGGAGACUCAUGUAUUUCAAAGACCCCCUGGAUGCCUACGCCCGCGGGGAGGUGUUCAUCGGCAGUAAGGAGAACAGCUACACGGUCCUGUCCGGCCUGCCCUCUUCCACGCAGGGCUACCACUGGAACCACGGCAUAACCAUUGUCACGCCAGACAGGAAGUUCCUGUUUGCUUGUGAAACCGAAGCUGAGCAACGGGAUUGGAUAUCGGCCUUCCAGAGGGUCAUCAAUCGACCAAUGAGGCCACAGGAAUACGCAGUGGAGGCCCAUUUCAAACACAAGCCCUGAAGACUGCAGGAAGCCGCAACUCAGCUGGACCGGCCCAGUCUUAUUCAGACCUGAGACAAUCCCAAUGUGUGACCAGAGACCGGGGGUGGUGGGACGAGAAAAGAUGACAAGAGGGACUUGAGCCUAGCUAAGUGAAGAAACAUCAAACUCUUAACAGGACUGAAGGCCCACCACGGGGUGAAACGUCUUCGGUCAGAAGCCAAAGGGUAGAUGAUGUCAUCACUUAUGCGCCUACCAACUCUUGUGCUACACAUUCUCAUCCUACCUUUCCUCAGCCACGCGGACCCUUUCCCUGCAACAACCUUUUUCUCAGAUUCCGUCUCGUGAAUGGUUCAUUCUACCUGUAAUCUAAUGUAAUUAUGUAAUCUAGAGUCAUUUCACUGGUUGCUUAACAAAGACAUUGUUAAUUCAUUGAAUGUACAGUUUUGAUGCCAGUGGCUUACCGUGUGUGUGCGUGAAGUUUUCGUUGAGGACGCUGUGAGGUUGAGCCUCUGGUACUGCGGAACCUGAACCUACAAAGUGCUGUUAACAACAAAUAUGCAUACAAAAAAAACGCACACACACAAACUCUCAGUGAUCACCGUAGCUGUUAACGUAGCUCGAGGUGGCGGAUCUGGAUCCAGACAGGCUUCUUUUACAGCCUCAGUCUGACAGCUGUUCUCCUAUUUAUUUGGACUGUUGAUCAUACCGAGUCAUCGUAGACGCAUCGUUGCUGCUCUAAAGGAUUGUAAUGUGACAGGAUUGUAAUUUAUACAACACUUCUACUCUGCACCUGUUUUAUUUUUCUCAUCUUGUUUUAAAGACACAUUGUUGUGUUGACCUUUUAAAUCACAGUGAUUGUUUGUUUCGUCAUAAAGAAAAAAAUCUUAACAUGAAUACAGAUGAACCUCAAA